UCACAGGCUUGGAAACGAAAGAGAGAAAAAGAAAAGAAAAAAAAAUAAUACGACAUGCUGCGCACUCUGUUCACGGCGGCCAUUGCGGUCGGCCACGUCCUCAGCUACGACCAGACGCUGGGCUUCAACGGGGCGGCGGUGGUCGAGACCCGGUCCCUCGAGGAGCUGCACCAGGCGGCGCUCAAGGAGGGCGGGGUGGUCACCAUGUGGCUGGGGGGCGACGAGUCGACCGACGAGGACGCGCUCAAGCACGAGUUCGAGACGCGCUUCCCCGGCAUGACGCUCAACCUGACCACGGACCUGUCCAAAUACCACAGCCCGCGGUUCGACGAGCAGCUGGCCGCCGGCAACGUCUACGUCGACAGCAUCGCCUUCCAGACCGUGCACGACUUUCCCAGGUGGGAUGCCGAGGGCGCCCUGCUCCACUACGCCCCCGUCGGGUUCCAGCAGGUCUACUCCCCCAUGAGGGACCCGCGCGCCGCCUUUUACGGCGUCUUGACCGUCGGAUGGGCGGGCAAGUGGAACACCGACAAGCUGCCCGGCAUCGAGCCCCCCGUCGAGUGGGAGGAUUGGCUGCGUCCCGAGUUCAAGGACAAGCUGGUGCUUACGUACCCCAACGAUGACGAUGCUGUUCUUUAUGCUUUUGACCUGAUCAUGCAACAAUAUGGCAAAUCCUGGUUCGACAAGCUGCUCGAACAAAACCCCCGCUGGGUGCGCGGCACCCGCACCCCGGACACGGUCAUGACGGCGCCCAACAGCACGUGGGCGGCUUCCUUCACGUCGGACGGCCUCGAACCGACGCGCAGCGUCAACAUCAGCCACCCGACGCAGGGCUCCUUCGUGACGUGGUUCCAGCUGGCCGCCAUCCCCAAGGACGCCCCCCACCCCGAGGCCGCCAAGCUGCUGCACAACUACAUGCUCACCGAGGAGUGGCAGUCCACCCGCGGCUCCUGGCCCGUCCGCAGCGACGUGGCCCCUCCCGCCGGAUACCCGCCCAUCCUCGACAUGCCCGGCACCAACAUCACCUACUUCCGCGAGUGGAUGUCCGACAGGUACCGUGUCGAGAGGCUCCGGUUGUUCUUUGAGGACAAGCUUGGCACUGCUCAGGGGUUGAGCCCGCUUAUUGAUGGUAUUUGAGUCGAGGGGGAUGGUGCACCACAUAAGUAACUAAUGUUUAUGAACGCCGAGAUAAUGAUGUUUACGUUGAG